AUGGUCAUCUUCCUUGCCAUGGCAGGAUCUAUCUAUCAGAAUCUUGCGUUGCAGAAAGUGACGCAGGCUAUGCCUACUCUCAGUGCGGCUGAUAUCACGAAUCUGGUUGCUGGGACGAGUAGUCACACUUAUAAGGCGUUGUCGGGGGAGGAGAGAGAUUUGGUUACGCCGCAGAUUACGGAUGCGAUGAGGGAUGUUUGGUUGUUCUUUUUGGUGGCUGGGGUAGUGAGUUUUGUGCUUACUUUGGGGUUGGGGGUAAGUUAUCUUCUUUUAAGUGUUUUUGGGAUCAGGAAAGGAAUAUAUGGGCUGACUGAGGACUAG